AUGGCCUCCAGCCAGCGAUCCUAUGCGCGCUUGGCGGCUACGCAGCAUCAAGAGCAGCUCCGAGAGAUGGCGCCGUCCGAGGAGCGAGAGGCCCAGGAGACGGUGAACAUGUCGCCCCGGGCAACAGUGGAGGCACCAAUGACUCCCAGGGUGAGGGAGCAGGAGCGAACCUCACCGCACUCACCGGUUCGGAACUUCUCGCUCUCCGCAGAACUCUGGCGGUUGCGUGAAGCCUUGGCGAAAGCGAACGGCUCGAAGGACAAAGUUUCAGAUCUCGAGGUGCAGCGUUUGAGGCAAGCCUUGGCGUCGUCACAUGCGAAGCUUCAGAGCUAUGAAGAGUCCAAAGAGGUGGAGCCCGAUACUGCAAGGACCAUUGUCGCGCGAGGUGAUGAAGAGAUAAGGCCCAUCAAGCCGGAACAUCUUCCAGGUAGUGUUGUGAAGGUGGUGCCGCGGUCGCCGGUGAGCUUCGUUAGCCGUGUGUCCCCCUCGCCCAUCCGACCCAUUGUCUCGCCAAAGAGAACCUCCAGGAAGACGAUCGAGAUCGCAAUGUCUCCACCAGCACGACCGGUGCAGCUGUCGCCACAUCCCUGGAGGGGCCGCAUGACGGAGUCUGCUCCUCACAUCAACCGCGAGGCUCCGUCCUCCACCCCUUCAGCGCCGCAAGCACCGGCACAGUCGCCUCCGAGGCCACCGGCUUUGCAGCCCAACCAGGUGAUGAAAAGCACCGUGGUGCCGGUCUCUGGGCGAUCGCCUGGGACACCAGUGCCGAGCAAAAAGUUGGCAAGCUGGACUACCCCAAGGGCUGGAACUCCAGCCGUCGUGAGGCGACCCGUGCUGGUUCCCUUUCUGCCCCGCCUGUGCUGCUACUUCCGGAGACCAGCGCUGGUGGUGACAGACUUUUGUGUAUCGAUGGGGCCCCAUUUGAUUGAUGCUACAAGUCAGAUGUCUUGGCAACAGCUGGACGGAGAGAGGCUCUCCCAGGAUCCGGAUUGGCCAGCCAGUGCUUGCUGGGCACUCUCAUACGUCAAAAUGCACAAUAUGCUCCUGCAAGAGGCCCGACAGAUCCAGUCGGAGGGCCAGCAAGCUCAAGAAGAGCAACACGGACGUACCGGCUUGGAAGCGGUCACCAUUGCCAGCUCACUCAAGUUGCUGAAGAACGAAGUCUUCUCGUUGUGCCCAAUGCACUUCUUGAUUUCGGGUAUCGUGGUCUCCUUCGUGUUGACGACCUUGAGCUUUAUGGUCCCAUGGGUGCAGGGUCAACUGGUCGAUGUGGCCGUCUCUGAAGCGGCCAAAUAUGCCAAAGAUGGCCCGGAGGCUGUUGAUAUUGGCGCAGCACUCUUUGAACCCAUCUUGCUCCUUUCGGUUCUGAUGUUCAGCAGCUACCUUUGCGAGAUCAUGGUUGGCAUUCUUUUUGCCAUUUGUGGUCACACGACGGUGACUCGACUGCGAAUCAAGCUCUUCCAGAACCUCACCGAGCAAGAGAUCGCCUUUUACGACUCGCACGUGAGUGGUGAGCUCUCCAGUCGUUUGAUCAACGACUCUCAAGCCCUGUCCUCCUUGACACAGUUCACCACGCAGACGGUACUGGGCGCGGUGGUAAAGUUUGCCGGUUCCUUGCUGGCGAUGUUCGCCACACACCCAAAGCUGGCCUUGCUGGCGACCAUCAUCACUCCCAUCAACAUGGUCCUUGUAAAGCGGACCGGAAAGACGGUUGGGUUCUAUGGUGUUGUGCAGAACCAUGCCAUGGCAAAAGCCAAUGCGGUGGCAGUGGAAGUGCUGGGUAGUGUGAGGACUGUCCAAUCCAAUGUCGGAGAACAGUAUGAGGCUGAGUUCUUCAUGCAUCGCUUGAAUCGCUAUCUUCGGAUCAUCAAAGCGACGGUAUAUCUAGAGACUGUGCUCCGCUUCACGCAGUACGGCCUGUCCAAAGUCCGAAAUAUCGUCGUUCUUGCUGUUGCAAUGAAUCAAGUGAUAACCGGACAACUGACCAUCGGCAGCUACACUGCAUUUGCGCAGUAUGUGACCCUCUAUGAGGAUGGCUUCAAGAAUCUGGCAGACAUUUGGAUCAAUUUCAAGCAAACCAUCACCUCUACCGGGAAGUUCAUCCAGCUGCUGUUGCGUCAGCCAGAUUUUGCCUUCGACCAGGGCUUGCAGCCCACGAACUGCCUUGGGCGUUUGCACCUCAAGGAUGUGUCCUUCGCCUAUGCAAGUCGUCCUGAUCAUCAGGUCUUGUCCUCAAUCAACUUGGAAGCUAAUCCAGGAGAUGUGGUUGCUUUGGUGGGGGAAAGUGGCGCAGGCAAAAGUACCCUAGGACGAUUGCUCUUACGGCACUAUGAUCCUACAAGCGGACACAUUUUCUUCGAUGCCCUUGACUAUCGAAGCCUAAAUCUUCGAUGGUUGCGCGCUCAGAUUGGCUUUGUAGAGCAAGAGCCAGUCUUGUUCGACCGGACGCUCGAGGAGAACAUCGCCUAUGGCAGUGCCAAAGGUGCGCCCAUGAAGGAUAUCCAGGAGGCUGCAAGUCGUGCCAAUGCUCACAACUUCAUUUCUACGCUGCAAAAUGGAUACAAUACUCAUCCUGGUGAGCGCGCUGCUCGAAUUUCAGGUGGACAGAAACAGCGCGUGGCUAUUGCGCGUGCAAUCAUUCGUAACCCGAAGCUUUUAGUACUCGACGAAGCCACUAGUGCAUUGGACAGCGAGAAUGAGCAUAUAGUUCAGCAAGCACUGGACGAGCUGAUGAAUGGGAGGACGACCUUUGUCAUUGCCCACCGCUUGUCCACGGUGAUUGGGGCCACAAAGAUCAUGGUCCUGGACAAGGGCUACGUCAUUGAAGAAGGAAGUCACAGCGAGUUGGUGGCUCGAGAGAACUCCAGAUAUGGGAGCUUCAUGAAGCACCAGCUGGUGAGCCCUCUGCUGUCCUAG